AUGGCCACAGGAGAGGCGGGCGGGCGGCGCCAGGGCCCUGCGCGGGGCUCCCCAGGCUCCUGCGGCAUCGGUUCCGUCCCCUCGGGCGCCGAGCGGAGCCCGGAGCCGCCGCUCUGCCUGCGGGGCUGUGUGUGCCCGGCCCUGAAGGAGGCAGAGCCGGGGCUGUGGCGCCGCCUGCCCGGCGCUCAGCGCCGCCCGUGCCGUGCCCGUGCAGCGCGACCCGGCGGGGCAGCUCCGGCUCGGCUCGUCGCCAGCACCGCCCCGGCGCGGCGGCUGCCCCAGGGCCGCGGAAGCCCCGAGCCGGACGGGCCCGGAGGGCCUCGGGAGGGAGCGCGGGAGGGCCCCGAGCCCUGCGGGCCUCAGCAGAGACUCCCGCCCCAGUGCGGGCAGCAGGAGGGGCGCAAAGCUCCGGGACGCUUAUGA